AGGCCAAAAUCGGAUUCUGAUCGGUCGAGUUCCGCGGUGUGCUCUGAGCUCCAGACCCAUGGGUCUCCGCGCCGCCCUCCGGUCCGCAACAUGGCGGUCCUUGGAGUGCAGCUGGUGGUGACACUGCUCACCGCCACCCUGAUGCACCGGCUGGCGCCGCACUGCUCCUUCGCGCGCUGGCUGCUCUGCAACGGCAGUCUCUUCAGAUACAAGCACCCUUCGGAGGACGAGCUGCGGGCCCUGGCAGGGAAGCAGAAGCCCAGAGGCAGGAAGGAGCGGUGGGCCAACGGCGGUAGUGAGGAGAAGCCGUUAUCUGUGCCCCGAGACACCCCGUUCCAGCUGGAGACCUGUCCGCUCACAGCUGUCGAUGCGCUUGUCCUGCGCUUCUUCCUGGAGUACCAGUGGUUUGUGGACUUCGCCGUGUAUUCCGGGGGCGUGUACCUCUUCACGGAGGCCUACUACUAUGUGCUGGGCCCAGCCAAGGAGACCAACAUCGCAGUAUUCUGGUGUCUGCUCACCGUCGCUUUCUCUAUCAAGGUGUUCCUGACCGUGACCCGGCUGUACUUCAGUUCGGAGGAGGGAGGCGAGCGCUCUGUCUGCCUCGCCUUUGCCUUCCUCUUCCUGCUCCUGGCCAUGCUGGUGCAGGCGGUUCGGGAGGAGACGCUGGAGCUGGGCCUGGAGCCAGGCCUGGACAGUAUGUCCCAGAACUUGGAGCCACUUCUGAAGAUGCAAGGCUGGGACUGGGCUCUUCCUCUGGUCAAGCUGGCCAUCCGCGUGGGGCUGGCGGUGGCGGGCUCCCUGCUGGGUGCCUUCCUCACCUUCCCAGGCCUGCGACUGGCCCAGACCCACCAUGAUGCCCUGACCAUGUCUGAAGACCGGCCCAUGCUGCAGUUCCUCCUGCACACCAGUUUCCUGUCCCCGCUGUUCGUGCUGUGGCUCUGGACCAAGCCCAUGGCGCGGGACUUCCUGCAUCAGGCUCCCUUGGGGCGCACGUCCUUCUCGCUGCUGUCUGACUCCGCCUUCGACUCGCUGCGCCUCUGGGUGCUGGUGGUACUGUGCCUGCUGCGGCUGGCGGUGACCCGGCCCCACCUGCAGGCCUAUCUGUGCCUGGCCAAGGCCCGCGUGGAGCAGCUGCGGCGGGAGGCCGGCCGCAUCGAGGCCCGGGAGAUCCAGCGGCGGGCCAACACCGCCUGUACCUCCACCCGCCCCUCCCUCUACCCUCUUCUUGCAGGCGGCUACUCCUGGGGCCUGGGCCCGGUCCCCACGCUGUCCCCCACCCCGUCUUCAGCCCACGAUGGCCUGGUCGGCCCCGAGGAGGAUGAGGCCCAGCAGACUGCAGCCCUGAUCGCUGGGGCCCUGGGCAGCCUGCUCACGCCGCUCUUCCUCCGCGGAGUCCUCGCCUUUCUCAUCUGGUGGAUCGCCGCCUGCCAACUGCUCUCCAGCCUCUUUGGUCUGUACUUCCACCAGCAUCUGGCGGGCUCCUAGCCCUCUUGCAGACACUCCUGUGGCCCCAGGGUUUGGUCCCGGGCCAGUGGGCCCGGCUCACCCCCUCAGGGUCCCCAGGUGCAAGGCGCUCUCCGGAGUUCCUGCUGCUUGGCUGCCCCUUCACCACAGUGCCUGAGCCGUGGGCCCUACCUUGGACGCUGAGCUUCUGCCUCGAAACCGCCUCCCCAGACCCAGCAGCAGAGGGUCCCAUGGCCGGCCACUGUUCCCAGAAUGCCCCUGCCCAGUUUGACUGCAGUGGGCGUGUGUGGCGUCGAGGGGGCACUCUUCUGAACAAAUAAAGGAGCGAGCCGCUUUUAACAAACAGGA